UAAAAAACUUAAAUCACACUCAGAUCAUCUUUGCUUCAAGCGAAACAGGGGUAUUCGGGGUGAUCACGGUUGUAUAGGAGGUGGUGUAAACAGAGAAAAAAGGAGGCUGUUCGGGGAAUUCUUAUCGACGUUGACGUUGACCAUUACUUCGCUACAAAUCAUGUCUGAACCCAUUACUCUUCCAUCUACUCAACAUUCAUUGGAAAAAAAAAAAAAAAGUUUGCUCUGGAUUAAUAUCACUUGAAUUAAGAAUUAAUCUCAGGGAAGUAAGCAACCGGAGAGAUGAAUAUCGCAACUAGAAGCUCAGGUCCUGGAGUAACCUACCACCACCAUCAACAGAACCAAAUGGCCAUUCCGAUUGUUCCUCCACCAGUGCCACCACCAAUGCCACCAUCACCGAAUCUACCUCGAUCAGAUCUAUUUACAGGAAGAAGAGAAGACUACAACAAGAUUGCAUCAGCAGAAAGCACCAAAGCCGUGGAAGAAUUUGUGGAAAAUUUAGUGAAUUUGAUGGAAAAGAAUGAUUUGGAACUACAAAAUAAAAGUUACAAUACUGCCCUUGGUUCAGCAGUUGCAGCAGGAAACGUGAAAAUAGCAAUGAUAAUGGUGAAAAAGAACAGGGAUGUGAUAGAAAUCCCUGGUCGUUAUAGAACAAUGCCACUCUGUCUCGCUGCUUUAUUUGAAAAGCCUGAUAUGGUUAGAUAUCUGUAUGCGAAUUCUAAUAGACUAUCGGGUCAAUUUUGGAGUCAUGAGAAUCCGGGUUGGCUUCUACAAAAAUGUGUUGAAGUUGAUAUCUUUGAUGUUGCUAUUAAAAUAGUGAAUGAUUGCCCUGACCUGUGUGCCGAACAAAGAUUACUCACAGAUGUACUCUUAGUUUUAGCUCAAAAGACUCAUGCAUUUAAAGAGAGAAAAUCACAUAUUGUUGUCAGAAUCAUCAAGUCAAUCUUUCACGUGAAUAUAGGACGUGCAGAAAAGGAAAGUGAAGCUCUUCAAUUAUUAAAAAUACUAUGGAAAAAAAUAACAAAAAUGCCCAAGAGCGAGAUUGAUGAUAUAAUACGAGGGCCACCUUUGGAAGUUCAAAAGCAAGGGGGUAUAAUUAAAACCUACCCUUCUCAAGUACUUUUUAUUGCUGCAAAAAUGGGCAACACUAGGUUUAUAAUUGAGCUCAUUCGGUCAUAUCCGGAUUUAAUAUGGAAGCUCGAUGACAAAGGGCAAACUAUAUUCCACAUAGCUAUUAAACGUCGUCAUGCAAAGAUCUAUAAUUUGUUAUAUGAGAUUGGCUCAAGGAAAGAUUUAAUUACUCCAAUUAAGGACAAAAAUGGGAAUAAUAUGUUGCAUUUAGUUGCCAAGAGUGCUAAGCCGAAACGAUUUCAAAACGUGUCAGGAGUCGCCUACAAAUGCAACGGGAGUUAUUAUGGUUCAAGGAGGUCGAGCGGAUGA